AAAAAAUCUAAACCUGUACAGCAUAAAUUUGCAGAUGGACAGCAAAAUGAAAUAUAUGUUAUUUGAACUUAGAGAGCUAAAACUUGCAAACACGCUGGCAUAGUCCUUUAAGGGCAAAGUACAUGUGUUUUCUCCAAUUACUUCCAGAUUUCUUUGCCAUCCUUUCUGUCUCCUCCGCUGUGCCAAAAAUGGCAUCCAACGGUGUGGUUUAAGGUAUUAAAUAUGGAUGCCCAGGGCAAAUGUCAGAAUAACUUGAAAUAAUUGCAGUCUGCUGCAGAAAACUCUGAAUCGUCAUUACUAGUUGUGUGGUUAAUUCUAGGCCUGGAUAAAAAGAGUGUCUCAGACUGAAGUGAAUACAGCUUGCAGUAAGCUGCUUUAGCACCUGUGAUCACAGCUAGCCAUUGCUCAACAACACCAAUGGCUAACACCUGGCGGAGUUGGCAUCUGCCAAGAAAAAAAGCCACACAAACAAAUGGCUUUGCCACUUGUGUGUGCAGAGAGCUGUGGCUGAAAAUACUAUGUCCAGGGAUUUUCUAAAUUACCUUCUUGCUGAGUUCAGUGGCAGUAAGUACUUUGAAAAAUCAAAAUCGGGUCCCUGAGCAGCCCUGGGGGUGGCCGAGGAAGCACUCUGUCUUGGUUUUCCUGAUGUUAACUCUCCUAUUAUUAACUUUUGUGCAAGGUAUCACAUUUUUGGAUAAGAGGGAGAAAGCCAACAGGAGCCUGAAAAUCAUGCUGAGAAACAACAGAAGCUAUUACCAUGGUGCAUUAUUUCCUUGCUGCCCUGUGGUGGCUUAGAUGGGACUCGCCAUUCGCAAAAAACAUUACAAACAUUAAGCACACCUGCUUUCUCCUGGCAAGGCACUGUCAUUUUCAAGACAGGAACAUUUGCUCUGUCAUGCUCUCUCAUUCUCUCUGUCAGCCUCUACUUUACUGAUACUGUCAUUUUGGAAUCAGCAUUUGCACAGUCACUCUUUAACACCCCCCCCCCAAUUUCUCUUUGCUCUAACUCCUUCUGUCCUCCACUCAUUCUUUUCUCACCCUCUCCUUCUCCCUGUGCCCCUUCUUCUCCGACACAGGCAGAACACUGACAAGAUAACAUGCAGCAGUUUCAGUCCUGGCUGUGCAAAGACUUAGCACAGCCAUUUGUGUCUUUUUCUAUUCAUAUCAUGCACCUCAAACAGUGUUGGGAAUUACAUUCCACAGCCUCAACCAAAAAACAGAAACGAACAAUACAACCAUGCUUAGAAGGGUGCUACACUAACACAGAGUAUCAUUGCUGAAAGCAUUAAAAUGCUGCCAAAAUACAAAUCCCUAUAAUGAUGCAAUGGGGGAUAAAAAAUACUAGAAGGUCAAUAAACUCAGACAUAUUAUAAAUCCCCACAGAAAUAUUACAAUGAUUUCUCCUCAGGCCUAAGCACCACUCCACUCCAAACCCUGGCAACACAAGCAGAGCACGUGUUCCUUAAAUCAUUUUAACAAAGGACUAUAUUCAUUCCACCUUUCUGAGAUGUGGAAAGCAAUAAAAUCCUCUCCUGGAAAUCUUGUGCUUGGCUGUAUUGUAACGAGGAGUGUGUUUUUGCGCUUGGCCGCAUGGUGGCAACCUGCGCUGCGCUCCCAGCACAUCAAAUCCUAAUGUUUCCUCAUAAAGAACCCGGGACUCGUCCUCAUCCGACGCACACCGGCAGCCGGGCUCUCCUCCAUGGCAGGCUCCGACCAUGACAGUGUGACUGCGGACAAGUUUCUCCCCCCUCUGCCGUCAUUCUCUGCUCUCUGAGCUGCUGAACUUCUUCUCAGUGCUGCUGUCAAACUGAAUGGCCGACCUUGACAGUGCUCUGUGGAGAGGAUUCGAGUAAAAGUCUCUCCGCUUUUUGGAAAAAAAAAAACUGUAACCACUCGGUUGCGGACAACGAGGGUGAAGUUUAAAGAAAGAGGCAGAAAAAGAAGAAAACAGCAUCUCAAGGACGCAAGAAGUGUCGUUGAAAAAGUAUGAUGUGCAGCUUGCCUUCUUACAGGUGCAGCGAGAAUUGGACUGUAUUUGGACUUAACCUGGAUUCAUCUGACUGAGUUGCAUCCAGUACUUCAAAGAAAUCAACUAAGACUGCUUCGGCACUAAUAGGAAAAUAUCUUACUAUCCUACGGGGCCUGUGGAACUAGAGAUAAUUUGAACUGUAAAACAAAUAUAGACUCUCUUUGACCGAAUUUCUCCAGUCGCGAUAGGCUGCAGCAGCGGCUCGGUUUUGCGCUCUCAGACUGGUGCGCUCUGCCCGGCUCGAGUGACCGCAGGUUCCCAGAGAGAGAGACCCGACAGCAGGCGGACAACAGCAGAACCACACCGGGAUCGGACACAGUAGCAUGCUUCCAGCUCACCGGGCACUUGUUGUCCAGUCUGCCCGGUUUGGGACCAUGUUUGAGGACUCCUGGAGCAGAUCGAUGUGGCGCGCCACAUGGAUUUUAUUUUUUUCCUUACUCAUACACUCAACACAAGCUCAAGAUGACGUGCCUCCCUACUUCAAGACAGAGCCAGUGCGUAGCCAGCUCCAUCUGGAACGCAACAGGCUGGUGCUGACCUGUAUGGCUGAGGGAAGCUGGCCACUGGAGUUCAAAUGGAUCCACAACAGCACGGAGCUGACCCGCUUCUCACUGGAGUACAGGUACCUAAUCCCUUCGUUGGACCGCUCCCAUGCUGGCUUCUACCGCUGCAUCGUGAGGAAUCGGGUAGGAGCCCUUCUACAGAGGCGCACAGAAGUACAGGUGGCCUUUAUGGGCAGUUUUGAGGAGGGUGAACGCAGCCAGUCAGUCUCUCAGGGAGAGGGCGCCGUUAUCCCGGCACCACGCAUUCGCAGUUUCCCCCAGCCACAAGUCACCUGGUUCAGAGAUGGGCGCAAGAUUCCACCCAGCAGUCGCAUUGCCAUCACUCUUGACAACACGCUGGUUAUCCUGUCCACGGUGGCACCAGAUGCCGGGCGCUACUACGUCCAAGCUGUAAAUGACAAGAACGGAGAGAACAAGACCAGCCAGCCCAUCACCUUGUCAGUAGAGAAUGUUGGAGGUCCAGCAGACCCCAUUGCCCCCACCAUCAUCAUCCCUCCCAGGAACACUAGCGUGGUUACAGGCACCUCAGAGGUCACAAUGGAGUGUGUGGCCAAUGCCAGGCCUCUUAUCAAGCUGAGUAUCUCAUGGCGUAAGAACGGUGUGUUGGUGACCAGUGGUUUGAGUGACUUCAGCCGCAGGCUGACCAUCCUCAGUCCUGUAGUGAGCGAUGCCGGCUACUACGAGUGUGAGGCCAUUCUCCGCAGCAGCAGUGUGCCCUCAGUCAGCGCUGGGGCUUAUCUGCAUGUACUAGAACCACCACAGUUUAUUAAGGAACCAGAGAAACACAUCACAGCUGAAAUGGAGAAGGUGGUGGACAUUCCUUGUCAGGCACGAGGAGUGCCCCAACCAGACAUUGUGUGGUACAAGGAUGCUUUGCCCAUCGACCCAGUGAAGACGCCGAGGUACAGGGUGCUGGUGGGAGGCAGCCUGCAGGUCAAUGGCCUCCUGCCUGAUGACACCGGGAUGUUCCAGUGCUUUGCCAGAAAUCUGGCAGGAGAAGUUCAGACUAACACAUACCUAGCUGUUACCAGCAUUGCCCCGAAUAUUACAGCCGGACCUUCCGACAGCACUGUGAUCGACGGCAUGUCAGUCAUCCUGCACUGCGAGACCUCUGGAGCUCCAAGACCGGCUAUCACCUGGCAGAAAGGUGAGCGUGUGUUGGCCAGUGGUUCGGUCCAGCUGCCCAGGUUCACCCUGCUAGAGUCAGGCAGCCUGCUCAUCUCCCCCUCACACAUCUCAGAUGCCGGGACCUACACUUGCAUGGCGAGCAACUCCAGGGGCAUCGACGAGGCGUCCGCUGACCUUGUGGUCUGGGCUCGCACCCGAAUCACCACCCCCCCACAGGACCAGAGUGUUAUCAAAGGAACUAAAGCCAUUAUGACCUGUGGAGUCACACAUGAUUCCAGUGUAACUGUCAGGCAUGUCUGGGAAAAAGAGGGCUCGGUGAUCAACGUCCAGUCAAUCCCCCGCAUGCGACUGGAUGCGGACGGCACCCUCCACAUCUCCCAAACGUGGUCAGGUGACAUAGGCACAUACACAUGCAGAGUCACGUCCGUUGGUGGUAACGACUCCCGCAGUGCACACCUCCGUGUCAGGCAGCUGCCCCAUGCCCCAGAGAACCCUACAGCGGUGCUGAGCACAUCUGAGAAAAGAGCCAUCGACCUGGCCUGGGCCAAGCCCUUUGAUGGCAACAGUCCCCUGAUACGCUACAUCCUGGAGGUUUCUGAGAACAAUGCUCCCUGGGCCAUCCUGCUGGCCAAUAUUGAGCCAGAGUCCACAGCAGUGACGGUCAAUGGCUUGAUCCCGGCACGCUCCUAUCAGUUCCGCCUCUGUGCCGUUAAUGAUGUGGGGAAGGGGCAGUUCAGCAAGGAGACAGACCGUGUCUCUCUCCCAGAGGAGCCCCCCAGUGCCCCUCCUCAAAACGUCAUUGCUAGCGGCCGGACCAACCAGUCCAUCAUGAUCCAAUGGCAGCCUCCGCCGGAAAGCCACCAGAACGGCAUCCUCAGGGGUUACACCGUCCGGUACCGUCUGACUGGGCUGCCUGUGGACUACCAGAUGAAGAACAUUUCCAGUCCAGAUGUGACCAACCUGCUGCUGGAGGACCUCAUCAUCUGGACUAACUAUGAGAUUGAGGUGGCUGCCUACAAUGGGGCGGGUUUGGGCACCUUGAGCCAUAAAGUCACUGAGUGGACUCUGCAGGGAGUCCCCACUAUCGCCCCCGGAAACGUGCAGGCAGAGGCGGUCAACUCGACAACUCUCCGUUUUACGUGGACAGCCCCUAACCCUCAGUUCAUCAACGGCAUCAACCAGGGCUACAGGUUGCUGGCCUGGGAGCCUGGCAAAGACGAAGAAGUUACUAUGGUAACAGUGCGACCGAACUUCCAGGACAGCGUCCAUGUGGGAUAUGUGACAGGUCUGAAGAAGUUCACAGAGUAUUACACCUCUGUGCUGUGUUUCACUACACCCGGAGACGGCCCCCGUAGCCCGCCCAAAGCAUUAAGGACACAUGAGGACACCCCCGGUGCUGUGGGUCACCUAAGUUUCACUGAGAUCCUGGACACCUCACUCAAAGUUAGCUGGAGUGAGCCCAGCGAGAAGAAUGGAGUUCUCACAGGUUACCGAAUUUCGUGGGAGGAGUACAACCGAACAAACACCAGAGUUACCCACUACCUGCCAAAUGUCACCUUAGAGUACAGGGUCACUGGACUCACUGCUCUCACCACCUACACCAUUGAAGUGGCAGGAAUGACCUCCAAAGGCCAGGGCCAGCUCUCCUCCUCCACCAUCUCCUCCGGCGUCCCACCAGAGCUCCCUGGCCCUCCUACCAACAUGGCAAUUUCCAACAUCGGCCCACGCUCUGUCACCCUGCAGUUCAAACCAGGCUAUGAUGGCAAAACUUCCAUUUCCCGUUGGCAGGUGGAGGCCCAGGUGGGUGUGGUAGGAGAAAAUGAGGACUGGGUGAUGGUCCACCAGGUGUCCAACGAACCUGAGGCUCGCUCCUUAGAGGUGCCAGGUCUCAACCCAUACACCUUCUACAGGUUCCGCAUGCGUCAGGUGAACAUAGUGGGCAUCAGUCCUCCCAGCCAGCCCUCCAGGAAGAUCCAGACCCUGCCAGCUCCUCCUGACAUGGCCCCCGCCAAUGUCACCCUGCGCACUGCUAGUGAGACCAGCCUCUGGUUACGAUGGAUGCCUUUGCCUGAAUGGGAAUAUAACGGGAAUGCAGAGCAGGUGGGCUACAGGGUUCAGUACUCCCGUGCGGGCUCACAGGGCCGGGCGCUGAUCCACGUCAUUGCUGACCGUCUGGAGAGAGAGUUUACCAUCGAGGACCUGGAAGAGUGGACGGAAUACGAGGUCAGGGUCCAGGCUGUCAAUGGCAUCGGGACGGGGCCCUGGAGCCAGCCGGUCAGAGGCAGGACAAGGGAGUCUGUCCCCUCCUGUGGACCCACCAACGUGUCUGCCUUCGCCACCACCUCUAGCAGUAUCCUGGUGCGCUGGUUUGAAGUUCCUGAGCCAGACAGAAAUGGUCUCAUUCUGGGCUACAAGGUGGUGUACAAAGAGAAGGACUUUGACAGCACAGUCCACUUCUGGACAGUGGAGGGGAACGCCACCCACAGUGUCCAGUUGACUGGUCUGGGGAAAUAUGUACUCUAUGAGAUCCAGGUUCUGGCUUUCACACGGAUUGGAGAUGGACGGCCUAGUUCUCCACCCAUCCUGGAGAGAACUUUGGAUGAUGUGCCAGGACCUCCAGUGGGUAUCCUGUUUCCUGAAGUUCGGACCACCUCAGUCCGGCUUAUUUGGCAGUCACCCUCGCAACCCAAUGGCAUUAUACUUGCCUACCAAAUCACAUACCACCUCAACUCCACCAAUAGCAACACAGCCACAGUGGACGUGCUGAGCCCCAGCGCUCGCCAGUACACAGUGACCAGCCUCAAGCCGGAGUCCGUCUACAUGUUCCGCAUCACAGCGCAGACAAGGAAGGGCUGGGGCGAGGCCGCUGAGGCACUGGUGGUCACCACGGAGAAAAGAGCUCGUCCCCAGCCCACCAGCCGUCCCAUGGUACCUCAGAAAGACGUUCAGGCCCGCCACAUUUUGCUGUCGUGGGAGCCAGGCAGCGACGGCCUGUCGCCUGUGCGUUACUACACGGUGCAGCUCAGAGAGCUUCCUGAGAGCAACUGGACAGUCCACUCUGCCUCUGUCAACCAUGAGGCCACCUCCUACAUAGUAUCUAGGCUGAAGCCCUUCACAUCCUACCAGUUCAGAGUAAAAGCCACCAAUGACAUAGGGGACAGUGAGUACAGCGAGGAAAGUGAAGCGAUCACAACUCUACAGGAUGCACCUGACGAAGCACCCACAAUUCUCUCUGUCACACCGCACACAACAACAUCAGUGCUCAUCCGCUGGCAGCCCCCCUCUGAGGAGAAGAUCAAUGGAAUCUUAUUGGGCUUUCGGAUUCGAUAUCGUGAGCUGCUGUAUGACCGUCUCCGCAGUUACUCUGGUCAUACCAUCAACAGUGCGUCCACCUGGGCUGAGCUGACUGCCCCCUACAGUAUACGGAAUCUGAGUGAUUCAACUCUGGCCCAGUAUGAGUUGGACAAGCUAAGUAAACACAAGCGCUAUGAGAUACGCAUGAGUGUAUACAACGCUGUGGGCGAGGGGCCAACCAGCCCGCCACAGGAGGUGUUUGUGGGAGAAGCAGUGCCUACAGCCCCACCCCAGAAUGUGGCCAUUCAGUCCGCAACAGCCACACAGCUGGACGUGACAUGGGACCCUCCCCCGGUGGAUGCACAGAAUGGAGACAUCCAGGGCUACAAGGUUUACUUUUGGGAGUUCCAGCGUAAGAAUGAGACAGAGCGUCUGCGGACCCUGUUCAUGCCUGAAGGAGGGGUGAAGCUGAAGAACCUGACUGGCUACACCACCUAUAUGAUCAGUGUAGCCCCCUUCAAUGCAGCUGGGGACGGACCCCGUAGCCCACCAACGAGGGGACGCACUCAGCAAGCAGCUCCCAGUGCUCCCAGCUUCAUCCACUUCAGUGAGCUGACCACCACCUCGGUCAAUGUGUCCUGGGGAGAGCCCACCUUCCCUAAUGGCAUAAUUGAGGGCUAUCGUCUAGUCUAUGAACCCUGCACACCGGUAGAUGAGUCCUCAGUGGCCUGUGCCGACUGUCUUCACUCCCCCUCCCCCCCAGGCGUCAGUAAGACAGUGACAGUGGACGUGAAGGGGAGCGGCCCCCUCUGGUUGAAGCUCAAAGACCUGGCUGACGGUAUCACCUACAACUUCCGCAUCCGGGCCAAGACCUUCAUCUACGGGCCAGAGGUGGAGGCCAACAUCACCACCGGCCCGGGAGAAGGAGCCCCAGGACCCCCUGGAGAGCCCUUUAUCACACGCUAUGGUUCGGCCCUGACCAUCCACUGGACCAGCGGGGACCCAGGACGUGCUCCCAUCACGCGCUACGUGAUCGAGGCCAGACCUUCAGAUGAGGGAUUGUGGGAUAUCCUAAUCAAGGACAUCCCCAAGGAAGUGACAUCACACACAUUCAACAUGGAUAUCCUGAAGCAAGGGGUCAGUUACGACUUCAGGGUAAUUGGAGUGAACGACUAUGGCUAUGGCUCCCCAAGUCUACCUUCUCCUUCUAUAUCUGCCCAAAAAGUGGCUCCUUUCUAUGAGGAGUGGUGGUUCCUGGUUGUGGUGGCUUUGGUGGGGCUCAUCUUCAUCCUGCUGCUGGUUUUCAUCCUCAUUAUCAGAGGACAGAGCAAGAAGUAUGCCAAGAAGUCUGAAUCAGUGUCUCUGUACGUGUGUCCAGGUAACAACUCCAACUGUAAUGCUCUGACCCACGGAGACAUGGUCAGCCUGGAUGAAGGCCGGUUCCCCGCCCUGGAACUCAACAACCGACGGCUGUCUGUGAAAAACUCUUUCUGCCGGAAGAACGGAGUCUAUACCAGGUCUCCCCCUAGGCCCAGUCCAGGCAGUCUUCACUAUUCAGACGAGGACGUCAGCACAAAGUACAAUGACCUGAUCCCUGCAGAGAGCAGCAGCCUGACUGAAAAACCCUCUGAAAUCUCAGACUCACAGGAGGCGCUGGUGUUUUCAUAUGGGACAGGUGGCCUACAUACACUUCCACUGCAUUUGGGCAGUGACAGUGAGUACGAGGUGGACCCUAACCGACAGAAGACCCACUCCUUCGUCAACCACUACAUAAGUGACCCCACUUACUACAACUCCUGGCGCCGGCAACAGAAAGGCAUAUCCCGGGCACAGGCCUACAGCUACACUGAGUCCGAGUCGGGCGACCCGGAUCACUGCGCCCCACCGCCGCUGCCUCCUCUACCUCCGCUGCCACCCCAACUCAGUUCACCCAGCCCCCAGCCUCAGCAAGCCCAGGGCCAGCCCCAGGGCCAAGGCAGCCUGUUCAGGCCCAAAGGUAGCCGGACUCCCACCCCCUCCCAGCAGAGCUCCAACCCCCCCAGCCAGCACAGCACCCUCUACAGGCCCCCCAGCAGCCUAGCCCCUGGCUCGCGGGCCCCAAUCGCUGGCUUCUCCUCCUUUGUGUGAAAAAUGCUGAAAAGGACAUACAAAUUUCUGGAAAUAUCUACCCAACUUGUGUUGAAGGAGAACAUAGCAACGCACAGUCAACCCAAUCAAGUCAUUUACGCCUUUUUCAUUGCUUUUCUUUUUCUCUUUUUUUUUUACGUGUUAUUUUUCGUUAGUCAGCCUGGAUACAUGCAGAACAGCACUAUGAGACUUUUUGGAGCACAUUUUUAUUGUUUAAUGUGUGGAAGUGUGCCAGUGUUGACUUUGACUUCUCCCACCAGUUGAUAAAAUACUCGCAACAUCUAUUCACUUUUAUUUUGCUAUUUGAACUAUUUGCAUGACUUUAUUUCCUCCUUUUUUUGUUACUUUUCUUUGAUCACAUUCAAAUGGUAAUCUCUUUGAUUCUGUACAAAGUCACAAGAAUCUUUGAAAACACACACACAUAUAAAUAUAUAUAUAUAAAUAAAUAUAUAUAUAUAUAUAGUAGAUGUACCUAGAAGACAAAAUCAAGUCAGUGCAAAGUCUGCAUUGAUGGAGACUGAAAUAACAAUAUGAUGGAGACAUUUUGUGGAGGUGAAAGGACAAGUGUUUGUUUGGACUGGAUGAAGUGGAUGUAAAAAAAAAAAAAAAAAGAAAGUGAUAAAAGACAUGGAUGUAGAAUUCAUGCCAAAUCGAACACGUUUUAUUGUGUUGGCCGGGAGAGUUGUAAGCGGACAUUGCCGAAACAAUCAUGCAUUUCCAUGGAAACAGGUCUCUGGCCUAUAGCACACCAUUACAUAGAAAGGUCGGACAACAUUUGGCCAUGGCAGGUCAAAUGUCAAUGACUGUGCUGUGCCUGAAGGAUCCUGCAGAUAUAUGAAAUCUGUUAAAGUGAAAGUGUUUAAGUCUUUGUGAGUGUGUUACAGUGGGUCAAAGAUGCCUUGAUAGAGAAACACUUAUUUAUGAUAUCUGGCACCUGUUGUUCCUGUACUGCUGACGGUGCCCUUGACUGUGGCAUCGUAAUGGCUGGCCUCGCGCUACGAGAGCCUUCUUGGGAUGGAUGUGGGCUGUGAAUAAAUUUGCAUACACAGCCCAUAUUUUUUCACCCUUUGCUGGCUCACAUAUACACACAGUCUCAUUCUGCAUUUGUCUACUGAGAUGCUUUGAAAAUCCAAUCUAAGAGUGACAAAACUGUCUGAAGUAGUCUGGGAAAUUCACAUGUGGGCACAGCUGCUGGUUCUGCUAAAAUGGUAAUAGUGUGAUUUUGAUAAGAAACAAAGAGGUUUCUUUUUCCUGUUUCCUUCCCUGCUGGUAUAACUCUUCUCUGUCACUGAUCACUAUCACGGGGCAGCGCUGGGCCUGCGCCAAGAGAUGAUGUCAUUGAAUUCCCUCACCGCUUUCCCUUUUGUGUAAUCAACCACUCUGUACUAUUCAGGUGACUGUACUGUCCCAAAUGCUAAUGCGUGUGUGCGUGUGUGCAUGUGUAUGUGCGCGUGUGAUUACACUUGUGUGCGUAAGCUUUACAGCUCAUUCACUGUGUCUGGUUAUAAAGAGAUUGUCCUGCAGCAACUGUAAACCUGCCUGGGGUAACGCCACAGAGGGCUGGCACCAUCCAGUCGCCUGCCAGGCGAGCUCAUAACGCUAUAGUGAAGACUCAGUGGUGUGUUCCUAGUUUCCAUAGUUCAAAAAAACGGGGAAAAAAAUUUUCAUCUACUUAUCUCUUUUUUUCUCUGUGGGGUGAUUUCAUUGUACGCAACAAAAGCUUAUCAUGCAGAAUCUGAAUGAAUAUAUGAUCACAGUACAUUUCUGAAAUAAAUUAUUUUUGAAUGUUA